AAUCUCCAAUUGUACAACAAGAAUCUCAAAUUAUACAUCAAGAAUCUCAAGUUAUGCAACAAGUUAUGCAACAAGAAUCUCCAGUUAUACAAGAUUUUCAAAUUACACAACAACACGAAGUUCAAGUCACACAAGAUAAAGAAUUUCAAAAUACACAAGUCACACAAGAUAAUUCUUCGAUCAUGCAAGAAUUUAAUACUACUAUUACACAAGUUAAAUCGCAAGUUUCACGUCAAAAUAUUCAUAAAAAAAAACCAAAACUUACAUACAAAGAAGUUCAAGCAAAGCUGAACAAGCCAUUCCGAAUUCCAUUUAAAGAUAUUCAAGAUCAAACCCAAUUUAUUGAAACGGCAAAUAAUACUCAACAAAUUGAAUCAACCAAAGAUACUCAACAAAUUAAAAUGACAAAAGAUACCCAACAAAUUGAAAUGACAAAAGAUACCCAACAUAUUAAAACAACAAAAGAUACACAAUGUAUUGAGAAUAUUGAAACGACAAAAGAUGGGACUACCAAUAUUUUCAAGUUUCAUAAUUCCGGAGAU